GGCCCCGCAGGGCGCGCCUCGCCGAGAGGGUCCGGCCUUCACCGGCCCUGAGCGGCCGCGGCUGCUCGGGCCGCUGCUCCUCCCCGAGCUAGGACUGCUGGAGGGCUGGCCUGGCCGCGCCGCGCCGCCCCCCGCCCCGGGCCUCAGGUGAUGUGGCCACGGUGGUUUAACUUUCGCACUUGAGGCUCUCUGUGGAGUCCUCGGGGCGCGACCGGAGACGGGGUGGAAUUACACCGGGUCUGGAAACGUGAGCCAGGGCGAUGAAAAGAAAUGAAGAAUUGAUAACUAAAAAUCACAAUCAAGAAGACAUAAGUAUUCUUCGUUGUUGGAAAUGUAGAAAAUGUAUAGCAAGUUCUGGUUGUUUAAUGAGAUAUCUUGAGAAUCAAGUGAUUACGGAUAGACAUGAUUCAGCUGAUGAUCAAAAUAUUUGUCAUGUGUGGCACAUGGAUAUAGAAGCUCUUCCAGAAUGGAUAAACUGCCUAAUACAAAAAGCCCAGUGGACAGUUGGAAAACUGAAUUGCCCUUUCUGUGGGGCCCGUUUAGGGGGCUUUAAUUUUGUCAGCACUCCAAAAUGUUCCUGUGGCCAGCUUGCAGCUGUACAUCUCUCUAAGAGCCGGACCGAUUAUCAGCCAACACAGGCAGGCCGACUAAUGAGACCAUCGCUGAAAUACUUGUCACAUCCUAGAGUUCAGUCAGGUUGUGACAAGGAAACUCUGCUGACAGGUGGCACCUCCAAAAACAGAAAUCACAGGCUUUUAAAUAUGGCCCAAAAUAAUAAUGGCCCUGGAAGAUUAACAGAAGCACUCUGCCUGGAGGUACGGUCAACAUAUUUUCAGAUGAAGAAUGAAAAACUGCUCUUCAAAGCAUCAGAUCCAAAAUACCAGCUUUUUGUUCCUCAGCUUGUGACGGGCAGAUGCACUACAAGAGCUUUUCAUAGGAAAUCACAUAGUUUGGAUCUGAACAUCAGUGAGAAACUGACAUUAUUACCCACUUUAUAUAAAAUACAUAGUAAGACUGCUGCUUGUCCCGGGCUAAAUGAAACACAGCCUAUUCACCUUUCAGGCUUGCCUUUAGAAUCUAGUAAAAAUAACUGUUCCUUUCAGAUUUCAUCCAAUUUUGAUCCUAAUAUGCUGCUGCAAAGAUUUUCAGUGACUCCCCGUGAGACCCAGACACAAAGAGGAGGAGAAUUUCAGUGUGGUCUAGAAGCUUCCGCAGUGUACACUGACCAUGCUAGUUCUAACAACCUGACUUUCCUGAUGGACCUGCCCUCAGCUGGUCGGAACAUGAUAGAGGCCUCGGACCAGGAAGAACACCUCUCUCCACUGGACUUCCUGCGCUCGGGCACUUUCUCAUUGGGUGCCAUUAAUCAGAGGCUCAAUAAAAGAGAAAGGGGCAAGUUGAAAAAUCUGAGAAGGAAACAACGAAGGCAUGAAAGAUGGCUACAGAAGCAGACUUUGAAUAAUGAGAUGAGUACAGAUGAUGACAAUGAAUAUGCAGAAGAAAAGGAAAGUUACAUCUGUGCAGUAUGUCUGGAUGUUUAUUUCAACCCAUACAUGUGUUACCCUUGCCACCACAUCUUCUGUGAGCCCUGCUUACGGACUCUUGCCAAAGACAAUCCUGCAAGCACUCCCUGCCCGUUGUGCCGGACAAUUAUUUCCAGAGUCUUUUUCCAGACAGAACUGAACAAUGCCACAAAAACAUUCUUUACUAAAGAGUAUUUGAAAAUAAAACAAAGCUUUCAGAAAUCCAGCUCUGCAAAAUGGCCGCUCCCAAGCUGCAGGAAAGCCUUCCAUCUUUUUGGAGGUUUCCACAGACGUGCAGCCCCAGUUACAAGGAGGCAGUUCCCACAUGGUGCACAUAGAAUGGAUUAUCUGCACUUUGAGGAUGACAGCCGCGGAUGGUGGUUUGACAUGGAUAUGGUGAUCAUCUAUAUUUAUUCAGUGAACUGGGUCAUUGGAUUCAUUGUUUUUUGCUUUCUUUGCUAUUUUUUCUUUCCAUUUUAGGAAUUUUCAUACUUGAGUACAGUUGAACAAUCACAAAUGAUGUAGAUAACAAUUAAACAUUUUUAAAAUGAGAUUUUAUAAUGUUGCAUUGUAUAAAUUGUUGGUGUUUAUAGAAAGUCUGAGAACAAUGGACUUAUUUAUUAAUGUUUUUCAUGUAACAAACUAAGGUUUAUUCAGGAACUAGUCUGUCUAGCACUUAGCAGUGAUGCACUAUUGAUUUCCUAGUUCCUCUUGGUUUAGGAUUUAUGGGCUCUAAUUUUACAAUACCAGUUUUAUACUUAAUUGUAAAGACUGAGGUUUCCCCUCCUUGUAAAAAUACAAAACAAAAUUAUAAUCUGGGUAGAUAGUAUCUUUAUUGACAAAAUAUUUAGCCAAUCACCACUUAUUCUUAGGCAAAUUAUGUGCAUUAAAGAUAAGUUAUAUUUCCUGGGAACUAAUCUAGCAGGGUAUACUCAGUUUUGGUUUCCAAUUAUCUCUGCUUAUUUCCCGUUCUGUUAUCAGGAAAGCUGGCUGUUUUUUUACGUAGACCUAAUAAUAGCUAGCAUUAGUACAACAUGUUUUAUUAUUGUAAGAACAGAAUAGUAAAUGCAAAAAAUCUGAGACUCAUCCCCACCAAUAGAAAGAGAAAUAUAUUAACUCUCCGAAUUGCAGGAUUACUCAUUUGAGGAUAUAAAAAAUGUACCAAUUUUCAGUAGUCUAAAAGAGCAGUGCAUGUCCAAAAUGUAUCUAAUUUAGUAAUUUAACGCAGAGAUUGUCAAAUAUACUGUAAAUGUGCAAUAAAGAGUGGCUUUUAAAUUUUUUUUCAUUGUUUAAGGUGAUUUAAUAUCUGGAAUAAGGAACUGUUGUUAAUAGGCUUAUGACAUAUACGAAGAAAACCUGGCAUUUCUUUUUAUUGUUACGGUAUUGUACCAUAAGCCUUGGAAUUAGUUUUUCCCUUAAUUAAAAAAAAAAAAAAAAAGAAAAGAAAUCUGAACUAUCCCAGUAUAGAAAACAAUUAGGGCAAGCAUCUCAGUUUCAAAAAUGAGAAAACUAAAGCACAAAGAAAUAAGCUUCCUUAUUUCAGUCACUCACGUGGUCUUUGUGUAGCCUAUGAGAACACAGGAACCACUCAGCCAGCAUUCCUACGCUAUGUCAUCACAUUUCUGAUCAUGCAAUACGCAUAUUUUACACAAGGUAAGUGAACCUGUCAUGGCACUUAAAAAAUAAUAUAACCAUCCAAACUGUGGCUGACAAGGCUUCGAGAGUUCAAUCUAGGGAAAGUCCAAAUUCGGCCUAGUUACUACUGACUGUAUUUGAGUAAAAACAGCUAUCUGAUGGUAUGUGGUGUUCUGGGAAAUGCGAUAGAAUGAUACAGUGAAAGAAAACAACAAUGUACAUAAGACAUUAUCAAAUUUAGAAAGCAGUAAACUACAUACAGUUUAGAACCAUCAAUUUUUUGCUCAUGUAUUAAAAUACGUAAGUUAUGCUGUAGCCUAGUGACAUAUAACUAGUAUCUUGGUAAAAGAUGCCGUUGACAAAGCUCAGUAUUACCUUACAGAAAUAAAAAUCGGUAUUUAUAAUCACUAAUGUAUUGCUCAAAGUGAAGGCAAAUUAACAAAACACCUAUGAGGGGGGCAGUAUUUUAGUAAGUUUAAAAUAAAUUCCUGCCAUUUCCCAAGCAACUCCUGGCUUACCAUCCCUAGCAAAUAAGCCUUCAUUUCUCCUAAACUUAAAAGUUGAUUCUAAUUAUAUCUGAAGCAAAGUAGGUAGUGUAAAAGAUACAGAUUUAUCAGAGGAACCGAUUUGAUUCCCAAUAUGUAUUUGUUCAUUCAGUGAUAAUAAGUCUAUAGAUCUGUAUCUACAAACCAAAUACAAAUAAAAAUAACACCCUUAAAAAUAAUAAAUACCCGUAAAGAAAAAAGAAACCAUAGUCUAGAGGAACACACUAAAUGGACUGAUUAUAUAUGACUCUUAUUAACUUGAUCUGAGAAUUACAUCAUUUGCCAUAUUAAAAUUAAAAGUAAAUUUAGAAAAUUAUAAAUUGCUAAUUUUACUUCAAGAUAUUUAAAUUGUAUGCAAAUGGAGCUAAAAGCUGCCAAGUAUUAAGUGCAGUGCUCCCUACAGCUACAGUUUAUUCGAAGCCAGAUAAAAGCUGAGAUGAAAAGAAACCAUUUUCUUCCAGUACCUAUCACACAGUAGCCACCAAUAGAUUAUUAAUAAAUUUAUAAAUAAAUACAUGUAUGAGCUUUAGAGUGACAACAAAUUUUAUGUUCUUCUUGUUUGGUGUCUUUCACAGUAUCAAUCACACAGAAACUCAUUUUCCAAUAAAGAACAAAGGGAAAGAAGAAAAAUCCUAAAACUAAUCAAGUACAACAUUUGCCCUAAUUAUUAUUUAAUAGGUUUAAUUUUCUGAGUUAUGUCUCUCAACAAUUUCUAUUUCUACUGAGCUCAAUUACUGUGAAGGUUAAUUUUCAAUACUCUCACACAUGCGUUUAAAAAAAUGGCCAAACCUAAGUUACAUUUUUUAAUUCUUUCAGCAGGUAAUUUAUUGCUUGAUUAAAAAAGAAAAAUUCACAUGCCAAGAUCAGUUCAUUUUAUACUCAUUAGAAGAGAGGGGAAUCUAAAUUAGACAAAAUGUAAAAGGAACAGAAUUUGUUAUACAAAGACCCUAUCACUUUGAAUCACCAAAUUCAAGAAUAGGAAAAAAAAAACAAAAAACCUAGUAUUUCUCAGUCUGCUAUACUACUAAUACCCACUCUAGUAUUAAAAGCUAAAUAUAGCAACAAAACCAGUAUCACUUUCGUUUCUGCCUUAGAAUCUUGCUUCCAAGAUACCUGGAAUGGCAUGACCAAAAAAAAAGCCAAUUAAUGAAAUUAUCACUUGAAUAUCCUCUGUAUGUUUAAAUGAAAACAGAGGUUUUUUAAAACUUAAUUUUUAUCUGGAUCAUUUGUUAAGGAAUGCCUUAGAAAAGAGAAUACUUUGAUUACAUGCAAUGACAAUUAGUCUUUGACUCUUCAUAGAAUUCUGCAGUUGAAGGCAGAGGACAUUGUCAUACAGCACAGUAUUCCUAAGAUUCUGAAUAUUUUACGCUCAACUUUCACUUUCUUGAAAAGUUUCUGAUUUUCAGUAAUUCUCAGUGUAUGCACUAAGUUCUUUUAUCAGUGUAUGCUUUUCUCCAGGAUGCAUUUAUUUUCCUUUUUUUGUUGAAGACAACACCUAUAGUAAGAAUUGCUUUUAUACAUUUCAGUUUUUACAUAGAUCUUAUGAUGAACAUCAUUAAGAGGUACCUUUAGGCCUGGUAUUAACCUCCUAUGAGAACAAUAUGUAUCUAUUUCAGUGUGCAUUUAUCUUACAGGGUCAGAAAAACAAAUUCUUUCACAUUCCCACUUUUGUUUAGGAUCUCUCAUAUCAUGCAAUAGAUAUACUUUGAGAAUUGUUGGUCUUAUUUCAACACUUCUAAAAUUAGUUUUUGGACUAUUGUCACCAAGUUUAUGGUUACUUCUCCUUGUAUACAUAACUGUAAAUAAAUUAAGUGCUA